UCACGAGCGCGCCCUGCAAUGAGGGCAUCAUCUGGUCCAAGCACAACUCGAGCAAACUGGAGGCAGCCCUGCAGAAGGCGCACAUGCCUGCCCCCAACCCAGCCAACCACAUGCACCGCCCUGCACAGCAGCACCUGCAUGUCGUACCUCCACAGCCCGGGCAUCACCGGUGUGACCAUCCUGAAGCCCGCCUUCUUCAAGCAGUACCCGGGUAUGGAGUUUGUGUACAGCGGCUCCAACCCUCGCAUCUACGUCGGCCGCGUCAUGCCCAACCCCGACCCCGCCACCCGUGAGCAGCACCUGGAGAUCUGCUACCUGGCGCCCAAAGAGCCCUAGACGGUGGGCUUCCCACCAGCCUUCCCAUGGCCGUCCAAACAAUAUGGAAUGGGGCGGACCCCUUCACACAGGGUCCCCCCCAUGGUCUGUCUCGAUAGGGAGACGCCAGUUAUGCAAGUAACUGGUGGGCGGGUCCGACCCCCGCACAGACCGUGGUCAUGAUCUGUAGGGGCCAAUGUGAUCACUGGGCAGGUGAUGAGCGGAAUUAGCUUAGACACGUCCGGCAGGGAAACGUCAUGUCAGUUGGUGGGGAACCUGUCAGGUGUGUGUACCUAAUAAAUGGACCUCUUGUCAGGUAGAGCGGAAUUCAGCGGAAUUAGCUUGUCGGUCUGUGCGGGGGUCGGACCUGCCCACCAGUUAUGACUGGCGUCUCCCUAUCGAGACAGACCAUGGGGGCAGACUUCAAAACAGACUUCCAAAAGGGUCGUGUCAACUGCCAACGUCGCGUCAUCGUGUCGUGCCAACAUCGUGUCGUGGACGCGUGACCCUGAUCCAAGCUAAUUGUGGUCGUGAUGUGUAGGGGGCGAUGUGACCAUUGGACAGGUCGAUUGAGCGGAAUUAGCUCAGUUGGGAGAGCGUUAGACUGAAGAUCUAAAGGUCGCUAGUUCGAUCCUGGCAUUUCGCACGCUGCAACAGCGUCCCGAUACCAGCCCUGAAAGGGGGUGUCUGGUGAGGAACUUCUGGGCUGCCAUGGGGUUGGUCCUCGUCUUGGAUGUCCGCCGGGUUUCCGGAGCCCAUCCUGGCGGAUAUUGGGAAACACCCCACAAGCAGAACUAGGGGCCAAACGCAGCAGUACGAGGCUCAUAUGUGCACGCUAUGAUGUAAUAAGCACAAACACAGCGUAGGAGCUAAGUUGCGCAUCCGGGCGUGGACGUGUCAGGACAUGGCUCCACAUUCAACACAUGCGCACUGACACAGCUGGGCUCUGAAGCGCUGGUGCGCAUGAAUUCACAUCUAACAAGGCUGCAGAUGCACAUUGUCCAUUCGUCACACAGCAGAGAGUUGAGCGCGGGGUGGUCUGGGUCAAGGGGAUUUCCAUGGAUAGGAUCCCGCCCGAACCAAAGUCUCAGAACAGGACCACUGAUGGCACGGAGUGGUAGUGCUCGUCAAGAGGAGUCGUUUGACACCACUUUGGUAUUAAAUGGAGGGGUUUUAACCGCUGAACAACAAGGUUUUGUCCAUCAGGGUGUCGGUCGUCCCCUCAAGGGGGGUCCCGGGGGAUUUCGGGGCAUGGGGUCUGGCACUUUGUUUCCUAACCCCCCCCCCCCCUGACUGAACUACCCGGAUACCCGGGAAAUCUUUUGCUGGGGUGAGACUAAGAGACUAUUGCUGACUAGCUCAAGCUAAUUCCGCUCCAUGACAACAAUGCAUUUAUGGGUUACAGACCCCUGACCGGUUCCCCACCAACUAACACGACGUUUCCCUGCCAGAUGCGAAGUUUUGUUGGUUGACGCGAUGUUUCGGGUGCCCAUUGCACUCGCCCAUUGUAUAUAUUAAACAUGGAAUAUUUUGUAGACUUUAUUUUACACUCUACACAUGUUAAUGACGAGUGUGGUGGAAACGAAUGCGUACGUAGACCAGAGCGGAUGGCGGAGUGGGCUUGCAGGCGGCACGAGAGUAGGCAGUCAGUAGCGCAAGUUGCGAAUUCACAUGUUACCUUGUAACCGACGGUAAACGCUGUGGAUGGUCGCGCCCAUGGCUGGCUGACGGAAAGCGGCUGCUGUAUUGGGAUGGCUGGGCUGGACGACGGCGGCCGGGUGUUGCUUGGGACUAAUAGAAAGGAUGUGCCCAAAACCAACCUGGAGAACACCAGCGCCAUGUGCAUGUGUUUAAACUGGUGGGCGGGUCCAACCCCCGCACAGACCGACAAGCUAAUUCCACUAUUUUGGUCACUUUGGUGACAUGCAAGUUUUCCAUACAGUCCAUAUGGAAGCCUUGUGAGAGCUCAGUCGUGUCUAAGCUAAUUCCGCUCAACACCUAUACCUGCCCAGAGGUCACAUUGGCCGUUACACAUCAGUU